UUUUAUAGGGCACAUUUAAAAUAAAAUGUUAAGUUUUGGCUGCGUCAGAUGUACAUAUUGCGUUGUUUGCGACGUAAUUGGUACAGUGCCAACUGGGCGUUUUCCUACGAGAAUUUUCAUCGAUUGUGUUAACGAAACGAUGAAAGUGCAUUUUUCCAGAUUAGUUGAAUAGUGGUAUAGGUCUGUGAUACAAUUUUAUCUUUUUGAGAAUUUCUGAGAGCCAGUUAUUUCGAAUUCCUCGCGUCUUCGACCAAUAGCAACUCAAUUGCUAUAUCAUACUACGCUAUGAGAUGAUUCCAACGAAAGCUAUUUAAAGCUGCGCGACAUAGUCGCGACAUAGUCGCGACAUAUCCGCGUAAUAUGCUUGAUACUUGUAGUUUUAAAUAACUGCUACGCGCAAAGCUCUACUCAAUGUGAAUAUUUUCUACGAUAAAUAUUUAUGAAAAUCGAGGCAAUACAAGUUGAGGUAAUAACCAGGUGAUUCAGUGAUUGCUUCGUCUCUUUAGUGUGUAGAAUUAUGUCGGAUGUGCUUCAUUAAGCUCAUACGUUUUCAUCAUGCUGAUUUUGCACUUGUUUAAAUGGCAAAUACCUUAAUAGGAUAAUGCCUGGGUCAAUAGACUUGAUAGUGUCUACAGUGUACAUUGGACUUACAAUUUGGAUAGCAUAUUGGCUGAGGGUAUAUACGUUAUUUUAUCUUGAUUCUCGUCCCCUCACAAGGACUUUGGUUUUAGAAUUUAUAGCUACAGCUGAACUUUGUGGAGCAUGUUUCGAACUCAUUAUAAUCGCGGACAAUUGGGGAGUAUGGAUGUAUGCGCUAUAUUUGUUUCUUCUAACGAUUUGGUGGUCGAUAAUGUGGGAUGAGGCUUCAGCAUGUCCUUACACACAUAUGGAAGAUAUAGCUGUUGGUAAGAAGCCCAUCGGAGUUGCUCUUCUGACAAUAUGUGCGCAAUUGGCUGGCGGUCUUAUCAUAUUUAAAUACAUUCAAAUAUUAUGGGCUCUCCAACUUGCUUCCACACACAAGAACAGAGCCUAUGGAGAAUGCACUACGGAUUUACAAGUAUCCGCUAUAAUUGGAGCGUUUGUAGAAUGCAUCGCAACAUGUAUAUGUAGGGUGGUAUCCCGUGUGUUAGGUGAAUUGAAUCCAAGAUUUAGUACAAUUAUCGAUGCUUUUGUUGGGACAUCUAUGGUAGUAGCAGCCUUUGAUUAUACCGGCGGUUAUUUCAAUCCUGCAUUGGCAACUUCUUUGAAGUACGGUUGUCUGGGGACCUCGUCGUUCGAACAUGUGAUAGUUUAUUGGAUUGGAGCGUGUAUCGGAUCUAUUGCUUCUUUGCAUGUGUAUCGUAUGCCACUUAUCCAAAAUUUCGUCCAAGGAUUGGAGCAUACAGAUGUAUAUUCUUAAAUAGGAUGCAAAAGGAUUUCAAGAUAAUAUAUUCAUCAAUUUUUCGAUGGAACUGAUGCAUCUCAUACUUUGCUAGGAUGAAUCGAGACAGAAUCUGCAGCGAAUGGAGUAAACUACAAUACUCUAGUUGGUGCAGCUGAAGGCGUAUUCAGCUAGAGUACAACGACCGAUCUUUGACAAAGAAUGUCGACGGGGGAAAAAGGAAAGGCGUUCCUCGUAGGAGACGUGAUGCAUAAUCCAACGUAAAAACGUGCAGCUGUGGCGCGACCGUUGAAACAUUUCAGGCCGACUCCGGUGAAGACUAUCGGCACAACGUUAAAGUCACAAUUUGCAUUCCGAUGGGUGGUAGCCUCGUCUCCCAUAGAAUUGCUUGGUUGGGACGCACACAACGACCACGAACAAAUCGUCCCGCAUCGAGAGGAGUCAGCUGAGAGGAUGAGACGGUCACGUAAGUCGCGCACGUACUUACCAAAGAUUCCGUGUCGGUAUAUCCCGUGUAUGUAUAUGGUUAUCCGUGCAGGCAGGGCUAACGAAGCGGCAGGCGAUUACGUGAACUACACUGCCGCUCGUUCCCGGCUUGAAAUUUCGGAAAACCGAGAAACAAAGAAAAAUUCCAUUUUGUAAUUCAGUUAUUUUUAAACGCGUCAAUCGGCACAUCAAAAUCUGUAUGCGGAUAGAUGAGUAAAAGUGUUGACAGUGCCACAUGUCUCUUUCUUACGUAAAUAGCGAUGAAGUGAAAAUUUUUUCUUUACUUAGCGAUGAUUUAUGCUUAGAUAGUAUCUUCAUUUAGUUUCUCAAAGAUGAAACCCAGUUGAAACCUUCAUUAAUUUAGAAUCAAACUUGCCUUGAUCAAAAUAUUACGAAGUAACAGAAGGUGAUCGCCGUGGAAAACUGUUAUAAAGCUUGUUAGUAAUAUAUUUAUACUGCGUAAUGCAGAUUGAACAAAUAUCUAUUGCAAAUUAAAAAAAAACUCGAGGUAAAUAUGAUUUCUCGGUAUAAACAAGGUUUUUCUGCAUGGCAAACAAGACGAUUGUGCGAGAAUGCGAGUGAGCAGGAAAUCCGUCUUUUUUAAAUGAAUGCCUAUACAAUGUCAAGCAAUAAAACGGUAAUGACAAUGGAAUUAAUUAAACAAAGAUAUUUUUCUAUUCGAAGUAUGUGCCGCGGAUGCUCAUUUCCUGCUCCGAUGAUGGAAAGACACCGAUAUCAUCGAUUGCGUUAUUAAUAAUCGUUCGAGUAGACUACCUUGCUUGUAGUAAUAUUGUAUGCGGAUGUUCCAUUCAUUUGCAUGCUUAAUUGUAACUAUUUAAAGAAGUUAGGCAAUCUUCUUCAAUAAUGUAAUGUAUAUUAAUGUACAUAAGAAAAUCCAUAAGAAUUCAUAUUGAAAGCUUAAAUGAGCUACUAGUUUCGCAAUGCUUUAAAAGUCCACCAUUUUUUUAUGAGUAAAGUUAAAUUAUUUUCUGAUUUUACAUUCCACAAGAGCGAUCGGUAUUUAGUAAUACUCUCUGUAAAAAGACGAACUAAUCUACGUGCGACGACGGAGCUUUCCGACACAUUCACUAAUCCUAGAUUAUCCAGGAUCGAAGUGGCGUCGCGCGUGUCGGAGACGCCGCGGCGCAGAAGAGAUCGACGAAGCAGCGCGUUCUGAGAUCGGGUUUCGAUUCAGGUACGCCCCUGACGAUCGUGUGCAGGCGUAUUACAUGUAAUGCAAAACCGCAGGCACUUCGCAGCGGCAUGGCGGGCCCCAUAGAGGCCGCGCGGUGUCAUAAUGCGCGCGUCCUUUGGAGCCGCUUCUCGCGCGAGCGCAAGUUGCGCAAUCACAUUUAAUAACGUCAGCCCCGACACGAUUGCUGUGCUCGUCGGCCCGCGGACACUUAUGACACUUUAACGGAUUUUCACGGCGGAACCCGUCGAAUAAAUUCAGCCGCGGAGAGUCGCACGAAAACACGAAUGCUCGCGCGCGCGUUGCAAAAUUUCGCGUUAACUCGGAUCGCGCUUAAUUGGACGAUGACGAGGUUUUCUUUCUUCUUCCCCCCCGUCCGUCCUGCGAUUAUUCUUCUUGUAUAUUUUCCUGCGAGUCGUCGUACGAGAGUAAUCGUAGGCGAGAGGACAU